AUGAAUAUAGAAUAUGUGAAUAUCCUUCCAAUACAAACCUGCCCUUCGACCAACCAAUUAACCACUGCUGCUACCAUCAACGGGUGCGAGAGAGUCCCUGAAAACGACGAGAAAGCAUUGCUGAAAGCAGUGUCUCAACAGCCUGUGUCUGUGGCGAUAGAUGGCUCAGGGCUUGCGUUUAUGCACUACAAGAGCGGGAUAUUUGGGGGAGAGAACUGUUUGACGGAUCGGAAUCAUGCGGUUACCAUUGUUGGGUUCGGGACGAGCGAAGAAGGGACUAAGUAUUGGUUGUUGAAGAACUCAUGGGGAGAAUCUUGGGGAGAAAAUGGUUUCGUGAGAAUCAUGAGAGACGUGGAGGCACCCCAAGGAAUGUGUGGUUUGGCCCAACUUGCUUACUAUCCACUUGCUUGA